AGAAACAUGACUUAACUGAAGGAGGGUGGCGCUUACGCAAAAAGUGACAGCGACCGGCCAUGUGAAUACAACAACCAAAGGGCUCUAGACCAACGGGAAACCAAGAUCAAUAGAAUCAACAGAACAACCGCAGUAGCCUGUGAAAGACUAUAUCUGACUGGAAUUUAAUUUAGGUUUUAUUCACGUGCUGAAUUAUCUGGAUUUCCCUGGGCAGACAGACGGCGCUCCGGUGCCCAGGGCAGCCAGACGCACCAGAGGAUUCCUCAGCUUUACGCAGUUACCGGAGGACAGCAGGAGUCAUCGCACUACUGUGGUGAAUUACUCACGCUUUCCCCUACCACAGCACCGGUGGUGACAACAAGCCGGCGCGAACAUGCUACAAAAUGGAAACGGGAAGGAGCAACCGCUGCAAGCGCCAAAGGCUGAGGCAGAACCGGACUCCCCGGCCGCCGACGACCCGAAACAACAACAACAGCAGCAGCAGCAGCAGCAGCAGCAACAGCCCGAUCUCCCCGCUGCUGAGAAAAAGGACGCGGGCACCGAGUCCACUCAGUUCCCCUUGCCCGUUUACCCGAAACUGGAGAUAAAACGCAACGCAGUGACGGACGAUUAUAAAAUCUCCAGUCAGGUUCUGGGCUUAGGAAUCAAUGGCAAAGUCCUCGAGUGUUUCAAUAAGAAGACAGGAGAGAAGUGCGCACUGAAGAUUCUGUACGACAGCCCCAAAGCCAGACGAGAGGUGGAGCUUCACUGGCGAGUAUCAGGAGGGCCGUACAUCGUUCGCAUCCUCAACCUCUAUGAAAACAUGCAUCAUGGGAAGAAAUGUCUGCUCAUCAUUAUGGAGUGUAUGGAGGGAGGAGAGCUGUUCAGCCGAAUCCAAGCCAGAGGAGACCAGGCCUUCACUGAGAAAGAGGCAUCUGAGAUUAUGAGAGACAUCGGCACAGCCAUCGACUUUCUCCACAACAUUAACAUCGCACACAGAGACAUCAAGCCAGAGAACCUGCUGUACACCACUAAAGAGAGAAACGCGGUCCUCAAACUGACAGACUUUGGCUUCGCUAAGGAGACCACGCUACACAACCCUCUACAGACUCCCUGUUAUACACCGUACUAUGUGGCUCCUGAGGUUUUGGGUCCGGAGAAAUAUGACAAGUCAUGUGACAUGUGGUCUCUGGGAGUCAUCAUGUACAUCCUGUUAUGUGGCUUUCCUCCAUUUUACUCCAACACGGGUCAGGCCAUUUCACCAGGGAUGAAGAGGAGGAUCAGGAUGGGCCAGUAUGAGUUUCCCAACCCAGAAUGGGCUGAGGUGUCACAGGAAGCAAAAGAUCUGAUCCACCAGCUACUGAAGACGGACCCUAAUGAAAGAAUGACCAUCACUCAGUUUAUGAACCACCCCUGGAUCAAUCAGUCCAUGGUGGUUCCCUCCACUCCACUCCACACCACCCGGGUCCUGACUGAAGACAGAGAGAUGUGGGAGGAUGUGAAGGAAGAGAUGACCAGCGCUUUAGCGACCAUGCGCGUGGACUACGACCAGGUGAAGAUCAAGGAUCUCGACACUUCGAGCAACCCCCUGCUCAAUAAGAGACGUAAGAAGGCCGCUGCAGGGGCCAAGAGUGGGUCCACUGUCUGCCAAAGCCAGUGACACACUGAUGACCAACAAGGGAGAAUCCAAACAGAACAGCCAAUGGUGAAGAAAAGCAACUCAGAAGAGGGAGGAAAAGUUGAUUUGUGCAGGAGAGGAUCAUUUAGAGAGCUGCUCGGGAGUCCUGAGAGACUGGACAUUGAGGGCGUGUUCUCUUAAAUAAAGGGACAACAUAGGAACAACAGCGAUGUCAAAACUGAACGUUUAUAGGGUAUGUUGCCUGCCAGUGGUAGUAAUCAACAGCUGUGCUCACUGCAGGCCUGUCUGUUUUUAAUUAUUUAUGUAUGUAUGUAAUUUUUAGAUCCUGGCUGCAGAUAUCAACUGUCAUCAAGUAUUUGUAGUGAUAAUAUUUUGUGUAUUUUAAUGCUGGUUUGCCUGUUUGAGGUCUUCUUUGUAACUAUGCACUGGUGUGCAGAUCACACACACAGACAGACAAACCAACUGCAGACAGACUGUGAAUCCUAGAACACUCAAUAUUACCUGUGUUGUCUUAAUAUUGUCUGUCUUUUGCUGUUUCUUUUCAGGGGAUUAAAGCAAAGUCUGACACUGACUGUCUUGUCAAUAAAAUGUAGCCUCUGUAAUGAGCUACAGAUCAACCCGA